AUGGGCUGCUGUGGUGGCAAAAAAGCACCGAAGAAACCACCACAGCAGCUGCACGAUGAAGCGCUGGCACCGGAUCCUGACCCCGGCAGCAAGGAGCCGGACCCAUCAACUCCUCAUCUCUUUGAGGAGCCGGACACAACAGAAAUUGUCCCACCGGUCCCACCAGUGCAAGUUAAUCCACCUGAUUUCAGGAUAGGGCUGGGGGCACUUUUUCCAGAUUUUGAAUGUCGAACAACAGAUGGCACUUUCAGCUUUCACAGCUUCUUGGAGAGACAAUCUCACUAUGGCUGGACAAUGCUGUUCUCGCAUCCAAAGGAUUUCACUCCGGUAUGCACCACAGAGCUGGCAAUGUGCACUUCUUUGGCAGAAGAAUUUCAACGCCGUAGUGUGCAACUGAUCGGUCUUAGCUGCGAUUCAGUUGAUCAACACAAGGGAUGGACGAAGGAUGUUCUUGCUACCAAGAAUGUCGACCCAGAGACGACUGACGAAGAGGAGCUAGGCUUCCCCUUGAUCGCUGACGAGACUCGUGAGAUUGCCAGCAUGCUGGGAAUGUUGGACCCUUUGGAAAUCUGCAACGUUGACAGAAUUGCGAUGCCCGCACGCGCCCUUUUCUUGAUAGGCCCGGACAAACGGAACCGCCUCACAAUCCUCUACCCGGCCACAACUGGCAGAAACUUCUCUGAAGUCUUGAGGGUGAUUGAUUCCCUGCACAUCACCCACUGUGGACCGGAGGUAGGGACGCCAGCAGAUUGGCACUUUGGUGAGGAUGUCAUGCCUGCCACCAAUGUGGCAGAGGAUGCCUUUGUAGACAAAGCAAAGGAAAAACCGGUUCCGUCUGGCCGACGAUAUAUGAGGCACAUACCCCAACCAAUCAUGGACAGCGUGCAGAAAAUCCGGCCUCAUGCAGAAGUCCAACCUGGGGACAGCGACUUCAGGAUCAAGUUGGGAGCGAAGUUCCCCGACUUCGACUGGAGUGCUACGAAACAAGGCAUCAACCGCUUUCACCACCUCCUCGAUCGGCUGAAGGGUGACCUGACGGUGAUGAUUUGUUGGCCAAGAAACUUUGACCCUGUUGCCACUACGGAACUCAUGGGCUGUCUGAAGUUUUUGCCGGAUCUGCGACAACGGCGUGUCUCGAUGAUUGGAAUGUCAUGUGAUGGUGUGGAAAGCUUGGGCCAAUGGGUCAAGGAUGCAGUGUCGCUUUCUGGUUCGGACGAAGAUUCGGGAUUUACAAUGAUAGCAGAUCGAAAUCUGAAUAUUGCCGCAACUCUCGGUCUCUUACCUUCAGAUACAGCUGGUCACGAGACAUGCCCGGCACGGGGGCUUUUCGUGAUUGGAAAGGACAAGACGUUGCGCUUGAGUAUGCAGUAUCCUAUGACCACCGGAUUGAACUUUGCAGAGAUUCUCCGAGUGCUGGACUCCUUGAUCCUCACCAAGGACUUCAAACUUGCGACUCCAGCAAACUGGCAACAGCGCCAGCGGCUCCUUUUGGACCCAAAGGUGUCUAAAACGGAUGCGAGCAAGUUUGACAAUCUGGCCAUUCAGUCGCUACCCUCUGGCAAAGAGUAUCUCAGGUGGGUUGAUUGUCCGAAGGUGAAAUGGUUUGAAGAAGAGGUAUCGCCAGCCAGCCCGUUGGAUGUCGAAGAGUGGGAGCCGCUGUCACCGCCUGGCAAGGGUCAACAAGAGAUCCGUGGCAAAGAGCCUGUAGAAGAUAAGGAUGCCUGGUGCUUGAGCUGUGGCUGCGGUCCUUAA